GUCGGACCAAUCCCAGGCACUGUCGAAAAAGGUGUCGAUAUUCCGACGCUUCUCCAGACGAGACCGAGGCGAUACCCCUCCCUCGCCUUUUCUCAUGAACCAAGGCAUCCGCCCGCCCGUCCAACGAGCACCACGAAGACUACAGCGUAACCGCUCCUACGCACCAGCUCCUGUCGGCCUCCUCACACCACCACCAUCUCCACCAGAAAAAAGCUCCUUCGACUCUAGCGAGUCAUCCACACGUUACCGUCAGCCUGCUCGCAACCACCUCACCACCCCUCCACAUUCGCCAGGCUCGCGGGAACGCGUCGUGCCCAACGCUCUACUCACCAAGCCCUUUCCCGGAAACCCCCAAAUCACAUCAUGGAACAUCUUCCUCCCCCCUUCGCAAAUAUACUCGCUCUAUCUUGGCCACGCCCCACAGGAAAUGGAGGAUAAGUGGUUCAUCUACAGCGAGGGGCCAGACCAGGCUGGCAAGCUCAAAGUCCACUUUCACCGGAGCUGGACGGGCACCAAAGUCGCUGAGCUGUUCGUCGUCAUGGACACAAAAGGUGAGAGUGCAGGUAAGAUUGUCGGCAUCAAGUGGAACGGCGGCGAAGACAUGAACUGGAUGAGCGAGGAAGAAGCCAAGUACAUGAUCCGCACCGCCUGUCGAUGGCAAUUGAAUGUCCAUCUAGAAGACUGAGAGAGUGAGAGCGACUUUGAGACGACCUGACGAAUUUGUUGUUACCAGGCCGACGUUUUAAUGAUUGGUGUUAGCGAUGCCCAACAUGUUAAUAUGGCUUGCUGCGAUUUUCCAAAGAGGCUCUUUGGCCCUCGUACUACGAAGUAUGACCUUUUCCGAAUAUACGAUUUAUGAAUGCGUGAUCUGCUGCCUUCUUUUGCUUCCUGAUAACAAGUAUAAGAAUGAUUAACCACGUGGCUUUUCUUUUCGAAUGCACUAUCUUCAGAUAC